GUUUUGCCCCUGGUUGCUAUCCAGUUUCAGCCCAGCAAUUAUCACUUAAUAGGGUGUUACCCAAUACCACCCAUCCAAGAUAGCAGAUCCACACUUGGCCAAAGUGUUGCAUAAGACGUGGGAGGGGACGCUGCAGAGUGCCCUGGCCGCUGUGACACCCAAGGGGAGAGGUAUAAAGUUGGGCGCCUUCGAAGGAGACGGCAUCUUCCUCUGCCCAGCUGCUUUUCUCUUGACAGCACGCAAGGAGCAAGAGGAGGCACCUGCGGGAAUGAGAUCCACCAUGCAUAGCCUUCUGGUGCUCCUGCUAUGCUCAUUCUGCGUUCGGGCAGAGAUUGCCAUGCAACCAGACUUCGAUCUUCAGAAGUUUGCAGGGAUGUGGCACAUCAUGGCCGGAACAUCAAACUGCCCCGUAUUCCAGGGCAUGAAGAGCAUCAUGACAACAUCUGCUGCUUUAGUCAAACCCCUUCCAAACGGAGACAUGAAAAUACUUACUGGCUACCCUUUCCCUGAGGAGUGCAAGAAGGUAGAGAUGUACUUUAAGAAGGCAGACCAGCCUGCACACUUCACGAAUGACGAGAAUGCCAAGAGAGAUAUGCGGGUGCUGGAAACCGACUACACCAACUUUGCCCUCCUCUACACCUUCAAGGAGGUCGAAAACGAGCCCAGCAGCACCACCGUCCAGUUGUAUACCCGCACUCAAGACAUCAGCAAUGAAGUGCUGGAGAAGUUCAAGGAACAUUACCACAAGGUGGGGCUCACAGACGACCUGAUGGUAAUCCUCCCCAAGUCUGAUGUUUGCUACAAGCUCCUCAGUGCCUGAAGAGGACCCAAUUCAUCA